AUGGAAGGUGGUCAAAAUAUGACACGUACGAUUACUCCAGGUGGUCAUGUUGCAAAUGAUGAUUUAUUGGCAAUCGGAGCAGGUCAUCGUAAAUUGGCAAAUCCAUUGCCAAUGGGAGCUUGGUCUUUCGCAACAACAACUUUGGUUUUAAGUUUAUACAACUUAAAAGUUCAGAGUAUUGCUAUGCCAAAUGCAGUCUUGACUUUCAGUCUCUUUUACGGCGGUUUGACACAAUACUUGGCCGGUUUAUGGGAAUUCGCAAGUGGUAACACUCUUGGUGCUUCCAUCUUUGUUUCUUAUGGAAUGUUCUGGUGGGGAUUCAGUUUCAUCUUUAUUCCUUUCUUUGGUGAAAUGGGUUCUUACGAUGGCGUUGCAGGAGUUUACUCAAUGACCGGUAUGUCAGCCAGCGAAGCAGACAGUGCAAUCGGAUUAUACCUCUGGAUUUGGAUGGGAAUUACAACUUUAUUCAUGUUCGGAGCCGCAAGAUCUUCAGUCACUUUGAUCUUAUUGUUGUUCUUGCUUGAUCUUACAUUUAUCACUUUGGGUGCCUAUUACUAUACCGGUAACACAAAAUUGGAAACAGCAGGAGGUGCAUUGGGCAUUGCAACUGCAUUUGUUGCUUAUUAUUUAGGAUUAGGAUCCUUCUUGACUCCCGAUACAAGUUAUUUCUCCCUUCCUCUUAUCUCCCUCGCUUCCAAGGAUUAA